CAUUGUCCGCAGGGAAGGCGUUUCCACCCGGAACUGUUUUGGUGCAUAACGUGAGCAAAUCCUGCACCGCGCUGUCAAGAUGUCCGUCCUGAAUAAACACGUCUUUCCAGCGUUUUGCUCCGAUUUGCGUGCUCUGUGCGUUUCUCUGUAGAUCGGACACUCCAGAGAGACGAUGAGCUUCCUGCGUAACCGUGCGGUGGUGCUCGGCCUGGUGCUGCUCUUCACCGUGCUGCUGUACCUGCUGCUGCCGUCCUCCAUCAGACAGAGCAACACCGAGCCGUCUCUGGCCGUGCAGAGGACACAGAGGCUCAUCUCGGCUUCUCCGUCACCCAUCAACAUCACCGUCCGCACGGGACAGAUCCCCAGCGACCCGCCGCUCUUCUUCAGAGAGGCCCUGCCUGUGGACUCGUCCGGGAGACAGGUCCUACCCAGGCUGCAGGUGGUGCUGCUGCACGGUCAGGCCUUCACCUCCAGGACGUGGGAGGAGCUGGGCACGCUCAGUCUGCUCGCCGCUAACCGCUACCAGGCACUGGCUCUGGACCUGCCGGGUUUUGGGAAGUCUCCAGCGUCGGAGUCGGUGAAGUCGGAGCAGAGUCGUGUGGAUCUGUUGAAGCAUUUCCUCGAGGCUCUGGGAGUUCGCGCUCCGGUUCUCAUCACUCCGUCUAUGAGCGGUCACUACGCUCUGCCCUUCCUGCAGAGGUUCAGUGAUCAGCUGCGAGCCUUCAUCCCCAUCGCACCUGUCGCCACCCGAACACUCACUCCACAGCAGUACCACGACAUCCAGACUCCGACUCUGAUUGUGGUUGGAGAGUUGGACACUAAUCUGGGCUCUCAGUCUCUGAAGAACCUGCAGCAUCUCCCUCAUCACUCGGUGGUUAAGCUGUCAGGAGCACGUCACGCCUGCUACAUGGACAAACCUCGCGAGUUCCACCAGGCGCUGAUCCACUUCCUCAACACACUCGACUAACACAACUGGGGUUUGGGGGGGGAAUACUUUAAAACAUUUAGUUUUUCUGAAAUAUAAAACAGAUGCAUCACCUCAACUCCUCAACUGUAGUGCCAUAUUUAAAAAAAAAACAUUGUGUAGUUGUUGUCAUUGUCAGCUCGACGCUCGUGUGUGUGUGUGUGAGACGAACUGUGAAAGGGACAGAUGGGAGGAGGUGAAGAAGAGAAAGUGUUGUGAAAACACACCCAUUUCACCUCUGACAUUUUCAGUGCAACUCUGAACACGCGGCUUGUUCGUGCCAUAGUGCUCUCAUCACAUCCUGUAGCAUAACACCGGAACUGGAGCCAGAAUCACUUCUCUUUUUCCUGCCGUAUCACUCCGGCCCCAUAGACCACGCCCCCUUCAUGCACUCUAAAUUGUAGUGAAAUCUGAAAUGCAGAUGAUAAAAUGUGUAAAUACAGACUGUCGCUGCUGCUUUAUCUGAAAUUGCUUAUUUAAAAAAAAAAAAAAAAAAAAACUGCCUUUUUUUUUUUUUUUUGCUUAACAAUAACGAUGCUUUUACAGAAUUUAGGGAUUUCCACCUGAUUAAAUACACUGCGGAGAAGAAUAGGGAUCAUUAAUUUACCCCAGUCUCCAGCUUGUUUGAGGUUGCUGAGGUGAUGUUCUCCCACGCUCUCUGUUCAGUCCGUGAUGUUCUGCAAUCUCCCGAGUUAAACCUGUGGUGAGUGUGGAGUGUGUGAGCCUCCGGCUCCAGGACGCACCACCACCUCACCAGUUUCUAGAAAACACAAACCAGGAACGUAGGAACCUGGUGGAACUUCUGACAAUCUGAACCUGUGGAUCAUCGCUUGGCUCUGAUACCCGGUGAAGCUUUGCGAUGCUUGUGUGCAUGUAAAAAACUUUUUUAUGACCUCCCUUCGUUUAAACGGACGCUUUUGCUUGUAGGCCUCCUUAAACUUCUCUGAUGUUCUCUGUUAAAUGCACUUUACACUAACGCAGUACAGUUCCACCCGGUGUGUUCAGCCGUGACGUAGUUAUUUAUUUCCCCCAAGCAUAUUUAUUUGAUGACUGUGUGUGUGUGUGUGUAUAGUGUACAGUCUGUGUGUACAGUCCAUCAGGUGUGGUUUGUUGCUUGUAAAUAGAAAAGAGCUGAACGUUAUUAAAACACUAACUCAAAUAAAAGGAGCCUUAUUGACAUGA